AUGCAUAAUCUUGCUCAAGGGGUUGCUUUCCUUGAAUCGCUUAACCUCGCCUAUAGUGACCUACGACCUGAAAAUAUUCUACUUGAUCGUAACCGAGUGAAGAUAUCCGAUUUUGAUUUUACGGCCGAAGUCGGAACAUAUUUCGAAGCUUGCUAUUGCCCGUACGGAAGACUGCUUAACAGUAACGAGACAGACCAAGGAAUACUAGGAACUACCGGUUUCCUAGGUCCUCGGACGGAGCAGUUCGCCCUCGGUUCGUUGUUCUACUUGAUCAACUACGGCUUUGAGGUUUAUAACGAUCAAUAUCUUGUGGACGAUCCUUACGAGCAUAGACCUAAGGUCUUAGACUUGCUAUAG